AUGACCCCAACUACUCCGCCUUCUGCUGGCACGGGCCGCUACCAGGCCUCCCCGGGCGGGCCUCACUGCCCACCGAGCCGGUCUGCCGCUGCCCCAACCCGUGCCUCCCGCCGGGCGAGCCGGAGAGGGAGGUCCACUCCCCGGCUCGCAUCCCUGCAACCCUGCGGGCCGCGCCGCCCUGGCCUCACCGGUCCCCGACUCGGGCUCAGCGGCCCAUCCGGCCGGCCUCUCCUCCGGGCGCUGCAGGAGCAGGGUCUCGGCCCGGGACGCAGGGAUUGGUCCGCGCGGGAGCUUCUCGCCUCCCGCACCGCCUCCUGCCUUCAGCUGCCACCUCCGUACCCCCGCCCUCGGCCCGAGGAGCCGAACCUCGGUCAGGCCCGAGCGGAACGGGUUCCCUUCCCGGGGGCGGCAGCGGCUGGUCGGCGGCAGCUCUGCUGGUGCGGGGGCGGCGAGCAAGACCGAGCGACCGCGACCGGAGCGUGCCGGCCACCGCCCGCAUCAUCCUCCUGCCCGCCCUCCGGACGGCCGCAGCCCUGCGGGUCUCCGCUCGGGACCCACCCCCGCCCCACCCCGCGCGCCUCUGCCGCCUCUUGCUGGGAGCCAGCUUGCCGAGCGGCCGUCGCUGCCGCUGCCGCUGCCGCCGCCGCCACCGCGCCAAGUUCCGGCCGCGGCCACUCUCCGCCGUCCAGGGCUCCUCCGCCUCGGCCCCGGGACCCCGGCUCCCCGCCAGCCCCGGCCCCGGCACCAUGUCGGAGAAGAGCGUGGAGGCAGCGGCCGAGCUUAAGCGCCAAGGACCUGAAGGAAAAGAAGGACAAGGUGGAGGAGAAGGCUGGCCGGAAAGAACGGAAGAAAGAAGUAGUGGAGGAGGAGGAGAAUGGAGCUGAGGAGGAGGAAGAAGAAACUGCUGAGGAUGGAGAGGAUGAUGAUGAAGGAGAUGAAGAAGAUGAGGAGGAAGAGGAGGAGGAGGACGAAGGCCCCGUGCGGAAGAGAACUGCUGAAGAGGAGGAUGAAGCGGAUCCCAAGAGGCAGAAGACAGAAAACGGGGCGUCGGCUUGAGCCCCUGCCCGUGGGCUUGGGGAUGGGAGGCCCCUCAGGUCCUGGAGGUGGGGCAGGAACACACAAAUCCAGCCCCCCUUCUCCUGGCUCCCUGCUCUGGCCCUGCCCCAGAGCUGUGACCCUUGCCCUUUGACCCAGCCUCUCAUUUCCAUCUCUCCAGACACUGCUCCUUCACCCUCACUGCCACAGGUCCAGCCCCCAACCCGCCUCAUCCAAGCUCCCCAGCCGGCCCUCACUUGCCCUAGCAUUCCUUGUUCUUCCCUGCCUUCCUCACCAUCGAUCUGUUCCAGUCCUUGCGAAGCCUCUCCUUCCCCUCUGCACCCCGAGCCUCUCAGCCUGCCCUUCUCUCUCCUGCCUGACCCCUGGGUCUCCCUCAGAUUCCCUCCUCUCAGACAGCGCCAGGCCGGGGUGGGGCUGGGGUUGGGGCCAAGCCCCGAAGCUGCCCCCUCCCCUUUUUGUAUAAUUUAAUAAAGAAACGGUCGCGCUUCUGUUUUUAA